AGCAACAGCGUUUGACGUGACGUGCGACGUGCUACGUACUGUCAGUUGGUGUCAGUGCAGUUGCAAAUGGCGGGCGCCAAUGGUGACAUUUCCUCAGUAGAGAGGAAGAUCGAGAAAUUAGCGAUAUCUGCGGAAGAAUCGUUGAAAAAUGAGAACGAAAGGGAAAUUGCGGAAAGGCCGGAGUCUCGCUUGUGGGGUUUCGAGACUAAAGAAUUGUACAAAAUCGCGGUCAAUUUCUAUAGAGAAAAGGCAGGUAAAGCAGUUCACUUGUCUUAUGAAGACAAAAUGAAACUGGUAGCUUUUACUCAACAAGUAACACAUGGCAAAUACAUACCAGAGAAAGCACUACCUCUGGGCGUACUAGAUGUGAUCGGAAGGGAUAGACGUUUAGCAUGGCAAAACUUAGGAGAUAUAUCCAAAGAACAAGCAAUGGAAGGAUUUAUAAUUUUAUUGGACAAGUUAUGUCCCUUAUUCAGAACCGUUGUAGAAGCCCAAAAGAGAGACAUAGAAGAAAAAUUACGAUUGAAAGAAGAGGAAGAAGCUAGAAAAUUGGAAGAACAGCAGAGAUUAAGGGAAUUAGAGGAAGAAAGAAAGAGAGAAGAGGAAGCUAGAUUAAAAGAAGAAAUACAAAGGAGACAAAUUCAAGAUGCCUUAAAUCAGCAAACGUAUUAUCAGUUCAAAAUGUAUGCGGAACAACAAUAUCCUGGGAAUCCGGAGCAGCAAGGAGUAUUAAUAAGGCAGUUGCAAGAGCAACAUUAUCAUCAGUAUAUGCAACAGUUACACCAGAAUCAAUUAGUCAUGGGAGAGCAAACUCCGGAUAUGAAUGAUACGACGUUAGAGAGCACGGAGAAAGACGAACAGAAAGAUACGAAUGAAACUGUUACAUUGAACGAGGAAGAUUCCGACGACCUGCAAGAUGCAUAUCCAUCUAUAGUUGCUGCGAAAAUGUGGACUAGAAAAGGUGUUGAGGAGUUCAAAGAAAUUAUUAGGAGAGAGGAUGGUGAUGCAGUUAUUAAGGUCGGGCAUGGAGAAAUAGUGACUGUCAGAGUGCCAACACACAAGGAUGGCUCUUGUUUAUUUUGGGAAUUCGCGACCGAUGGCUAUGAUAUUGGGUUUGGAGUAUAUUUCGAAUGGUCGAAGCCAGAAACUAAUCAAGUAUCAGUGCAUAUUAGUGAAUCGGAAGAUGAAGACGAUGAGGACGAUGAUUUUGAGUCGAGAGAUGAUUUGGAAAGCGGUGUAACGAAUGGCACGAUUCAGUCUGAUUAUAAACCGAUGUCACCACCUAUAAGUGUUAUAGUACCUAUAUAUAGGAGGGAUUCGCAAGAAGAAAUCUAUGCAGGAAGUCAUAAAUAUCCAGGGCAGGGCGUGUACCUUCUCAAAUUCGACAAUUCGUACUCCCUUUGGCGAAGUAAAACGCUUUAUUAUCGAGUCUAUUAUACGCAAAACGGCUAUGUCAAUAACUAGUUUUAUUAUGUAAAAUCACUGCGAUUCACUGACUGUACAAUCGUUGAGAAUCAGCUCGAUGCAACGUUCCGCCGAUAUUGCUAGUCCAACUAAGCGAAGUGUCCUAUAUCUUGUUUCUGUUCAUAUGGGAAAAAUAAGUGUUCGCAAGAUGAAAAAAAUAUAUACUUAUUAUAAUUAUGUAAUGACAUUUUAUUGUUUAAUGUGACAAACAAAGUGGGCACAAGUAAAACAAGUAAAAACUGCGGUUCCUAUCGUUCCCCUUCCCUUGGACGUUUACAAAAAUCAAGUGAAAUGAAAUAGAAACGGAGUGUAUCAAUAUAUCGAUAACAACAGUACACUGUGCAUCGUAAAUAAUUCGUUUUAGUAUCUGAUACAAUAGUGUCAUAUUCGAUCAUAUAUCAAUGAUUUUACGCAUAAUAAUUGUUUUCUUUUAAAGAUUUUAGCCUGCUUUCGUUUUUAUCACAUUCACGUCUGUAUCUUAUACUUUUAUUAAUACUGUCCCACGUUUUACAAAAAUAUAUUGAAAUGAAAA